UAUAAUCACAUUUGUAUAGGACCCGAAAAAUUAAUUACGAGUAAUUAGUACGAGUAAAAUGGAAGUUCCCGGCGAAGGAACCCACAGCGGCACCGCCAUCCUGGAAACCGCCACCGCCGCCGUCCAGAGCUUCGCCCCUAUUAACAAGAUCCACCACCACCUCUGCGCAUUUCAUUUUUACGGCGAUGACAUGACUCGACAAGUGGAGGCACACCACUUCUGCAGCCACCAAAACGAGGAAUUUCGACAAUGUUUGAUCUACGAUAGCCCAGACGCAGGCGCACGCCUCAUAGGGGUGGAAUACAUGGUCUCAGAGGAGCUCUUUUUGACACUCCCCGAUGACGAGAAGCCGUUGUGGCAUUCACACGAGUACGAGGUGAAGAGCGGUGUGUUGUUCAUGCCCGGCGUUCCCGGGCCAUUUGAGCGUAAGGAAAUGGAGAAGGUGUGCAAAACUUAUGGUAAGACCUUCCACUUUUGGCAAGUGGAUCGGGGCGAUAAUCUCCCCCUUGGAACCCCUCAGAUCAUGAUGUCACUUACUCGAGAUGGUCAGCUCUAUGAUAACCUUGCUCAAGAUGUUGAGAAGCGUUUCAAUGUUUCAUUUGCAAAGGAGAGGGAAAAGAGAGCGUACAUGACCGGCCCCGAAAAUGGGAUACACCCGUUAGCUAAUGGAGCGGGCAAAGGGAUUCGAACAGUGCUUCGAGAGGUGGACAGCAAGCCCGUAGCCAACAGCGUUCCAAGAGUCUUUGUUUAACUCAAACUAAACUUCACCUUCCUAUACAUAACAUGAUUAAGGUAAUGAAGAAUAAAGAUAUGGGCUUUAU